UCAGCGGUCUUACAAUCUCUCCUAUUUGAAGGAUGCACAACUUCGGUACCUUCUUCCUUUGGGCGCUGGCUGCCAGUAUCCUGUGGCAAGGAUCCUUGGCGGAGGAUCCUCGGUCCGUCUAUAUGUGCUUCAACGAUCCGAUAGUCAGCUCCUGUCUGACUGAUCUCAAACCCAUGCUUAACCAGCUCGUCAAGGCCCAGGACCAAAGGACCCGUGAUGCUGAAGCGAAGUUGGACAGAUUAGACAGGCAACUACAAACUAAGGCGGAGGACUCUCAAGCUAAACUGAAUAAAAGUCUGCUUGCAGUACAGGAAAAGCUUGAAGCCAAACUUCAGGCGGUUCUAAAGCAACUGCAGGCAGUCUCGGAAAAGAUAGAUGCUGCCAAGGUGGAAAAUCAAUUGCAGCCAAUAUCGGAUAAGAUGGAAGCAUGCCAACAAGCAGACAAAUUGGCGGCAGUCCCGGCUGCAGCCACGAAUACUAUACCAUCUGGUUACGAGCUAAUCGGUUCUAGGUACUUUCGAAUUGUAAAUGAAUAUGGGGAUUGGGAUACCGCUAAGAGGAGGUGUCGUGAGAUGGGAGGUUACUUAGCCUCCUUUCAAAAUGCAGAAGAAAUCAACGCCAUUACACCAAAACUAAAAGCAUAUCACAACUAUUGGCUAGGAAUUAAUGAUCGCGAUAAAGAGGGCCACUUCGUAUCUGUGGCCUCACAAAAGCCAGCGCCAUUUUUAAAGUGGGCUAGGGGACAUCCAGACGUCACAAACCAUGAGCAGAACUGCGUCUCUUUGUAUAAAGGCGAAAUGAGUGACAUCGAUUGUAAAACAGAUGCCGUUUAUUUUAUUUGCCAGGCGGACAAUGAAACUUAG